UACACACCAUUUUUCUUUUUCCUUUUUUUUCCUCUAUCUAGGUUUUCUCUUUUUAAAAUUGCAUUCGGAAAGUGACUGCUACCUUUUUAGCUUCAGCUUCAGCUUCAGCUUCGGCCUCCAUCAUAUAGCUUUGCGCCUACACAUUAACAAAGAAAGCCUCUUCUACCACCCCAUAUCUAAGUAUCUAACCAACUCACAUAAUACAUAACCAACAAACUAACUAACUAACCAUUUCACAAACACAAACAAACAAUGAAGUACGUUUUGAUCAGUGGAGGAGUCGUUAGUGGCCUUGGGAAAGGCGUCACAGCAAGCAGCAUAGGAGUGGUUCUCAAAGCGUGCGGCCUCCGCGUAACUUCCAUCAAAAUUGAUCCGUACUUGAAUAUAGACGCUGGCACCAUGUCUCCGUUUGAGCAUGGAGAGGUUUUUGUUCUCGACGACGGAGGAGAGGUGGAUUUGGAUUUGGGAAAUUACGAGCGCUUCUUGGAUGUUACGCUUACGAAGGAUAACAACAUCACCACGGGGAAAAUAUACCAGUCUGUUCUUGAGAAGGAACGUAGAGGAGAUUAUCUUGGAAAAACUGUUCAGGUUGUUCCACAUAUCACUGAUGCCAUUAAGGAUUGGGUUCAAUCAGUAGCCGCAAUUCCGGUUGAUGGGCAGGAAGGGCCGGCGGAUGUUUGUGUGAUUGAGCUGGGUGGUACAGUUGGGGACAUUGAAUCUAUGCCAUUUAUUGAGGCUCUAAGGCAGUUGUCUUUUUCAGUGGGGCCUGACAACUUCUGCCUCAUCCAUGUUAGCCUGAUACCGGUUUUGGGUGUAGUGGGAGAGCAAAAAACAAAGCCUACACAACACAGUGUCAGGGAACUUAGAGCAUUAGGCCUGACCCCUCAUCUCUUAGCAUGUCGCUCUGCAGAGCCUCUUCUGCAAAAUACAAAGGAUAAACUCUCACAGUUUUGCCAUGUUCCAGUUGAAAAUAUACUGAAUAUCCAUGAUGUACCGAAUAUUUGGCAUAUUCCCCUAUUACUUAGGAACCAAAAUGCUCACCAUUCAAUUCUGCAGCAGCUGAACUUACUGGAAAAGGCUACAUCUCCUGCUUUACAGCAAUGGACAAAGAUGGCUGAGACAUAUGAUAAUAUUACUGAUUCUGUGAGGAUUGCGAUGGUGGGAAAGUAUGUUGGUCUAACAGACUCAUAUUUAUCUGUUAUAAAGGUGCGGAGUGGCUUGUUGCUAUUAUCACAAUGGAAUACACUAGUUGACUGGAUUGCAGCUUCUGACCUUGAAGAUGACAGUGCUAAAUCUACACCACAAGCAUAUGCUACUGCGUGGGAGACUCUCAAGAGGGCAAAUUGUGUCUUGGUUCCCGGGGGUUUUGGAGAUCGUGGUGUCAAAGGUAUGAUGCUGGCUGCCAAAUAUGCCAGAGAGAACAAUGUUCCUUACCUGGGCAUUUGCUUGGGAAUGCAAAUUUCUGUUAUCGAAUUUGCUAGAUCCGUUUUGGGCCUGGAAAGAGCAAACAGCGUAGAGUUUGAUGCCCAAACACCAAACCCCGUAGUGAUUUUCAUGCCAGAAGGUUCACGGACACAUAUGGGCAGUACCAUGAGGCUUGGAUCUCGAAGAACACUUCUACAGACACCUGAUUGUAUUACUUCUAAGCUGUAUGGCAAUUCAGCAUAUGUUGAUGAACGGCAUCGGCACAGAUAUGAGGUUAAUCCAGAUGUUAUCAGAACUUUAGAAGAAGCUGGACUGAAAUUUGUUGGGAAGGAUGAAACAGGAAAUCGGAUGGAGAUCUUAGAGCUUCCAAGUCAUCCAUACUAUGUAGGUGUGCAAUUUCAUCCAGAAUUCAAAUCCCGGCCAGCAAGACCCUCUGCUUUGUUUCUAGGUCUCAUAUUGGCAGCAACCGGGAAGUUGGAAGCAUAUGUUAGUAGACGUCAGAAUGGAAGUUAAUGUACUAUCUGGUACUAUAGGACCCAAUUCCGAUCAUGACAUUCUAAGACUGCAUAAAAUAUUGAUGGUUAUUCGAUAUGCAUAAUCGAGGUCUGAAGCAGAGCUCAUUCUUUUGCUACAUUGAAGAAGUUACUUUACAUUUGAAAGCUGACCAUUAACCUUUACAUUUCCAGACCUUACUGGCUUAUCUGUUAUUGUUUGAAAUUGUUUCCAUGUUGAGUUUACCACACCCCAAACGUGAUGAUUUUCAUGUAAGCUCGCCUCUCUGGUUAUUUUUCCCCCCCAAGAAAUGUAUGUAGGAGAACCAAGAGGUGAUAUAAGCAAUUUUUGUUUUGGAUUUGUUA